AUGUGUGGCAGCUAUUACGGAAACUAUUAUGGAGGCUGCAGGUACGGAGGCUGUGGCUACGGAGGCUGUGGCUAUGGCUCCUGCUAUGGCUGUGGCUUCCGUAGACUAGGCUGUGGCUCUGGCUGUGGCUACGGAUAUCGCUCCCACUCUCUUUAUGGCUGUGGCUCUGGCUGUGGUUUUGGCUGUGGCUACUAUGGCACGACUGCUUCCUGGGACAAGCUGACCCCAGCCACAGCGUGGCGAGACUGUCCGUCAGAAGAUUACUGUGGGUCCGAACCUAAGGAGUCCCUGAAGUGUGGGCUUUCGAACACAGCUGCACUUCAGAUAAACUUCUGGAAAGAGGCGAUGCCUGGUGGGCAGAUAGCUGGGACACAGACAGGGGGGAGGUGGGGAGCUGAUGGAAAUGGGGGAUAA